CGCCAUUAAUUAAAUGCGAGGAGGAGGAUCCGCUCGUGCGUUGUUUAGUACACAAGAGCGGGAGUCUAGCCUCUGUUCCAAGCCGAGAGACUAAGCGCGACGCACGUGCACCCGGCGGAAUUAAAGCAGGGGACAGGAAACGCCCUUUCUCCCGGCGGAGGGCGGGUUGUGUUUAGGUUGCUGUGAAGAGCUGCUGAUUUUGGAGCAAAGCUAGGAAAACGCGAAUUGCUCUGAGAAGGCAGAGUCAGUUUCCGGAUCCGGGACAAUUUUACCAAGCACGUUUUUGUAACGAAACAAAACAAAUCCAAAGGCUUUGGAUUGUGGGAAAGCUUUCUGUAAGAAUCUACAAAGGCUGUGAGUCGCGUUUAUUGUUUCUGUCACUUAGAGGUGAAAGUUAUUAAGCAAAUAGGUUGAUGCUACAGCCCAAAGUGCCCACCGGGAGCGCCUUGCAACGCCCUCGAUUUUUCCCUGCUACUAAAGGGUGAGGCUCUGUGGGUUUGUGACAGGCGCGGGACGUGGAAUAAACUCGCGGAAAAGCAAAGUACUGACGGGGCCGGAUGCUUAGAGAAAGGAGGAAGAGUGCGGUUCUGCAUGCGAGGAAGUGCAUAACGUGCAUGUGUUACCUUUUGCUUUUGAGAAAGUUUGCACAAAUUUAUUAGGGAUACACCUUGUCUGGAGCAGGCUAUUGGACAAGAAUCUCUGAAAAUGUUUCACCUUCUACAGCGAUGUUGUUUCCAAGUUCCUUCCAAGAUGAUGUAUCUUCAAAGACUUCUGCAACCUGGAAGGAGUAAGGCAGCUGGCUCUCCUGUCCCUUUGGCUGUGCUGCCAAAAUCACAGCUGCUUAGGCAGGCAUCUGCUAGCAUAACCAAGGCACGGGGUUUCCAUUCUUCCUGCUGCAUCUGGAAGAAGAAACAGCCUCCGGAACCUGAGCCACGACAGCUGGAUUUGUUGCGAUACGACAUGCCCUCACUCAAGGACUCUCCAAAGCCUGCUCUGUAUUUGGGCAUUGCAGGAUUAAUUCCCUUUGUUUCAGUGCCAUUGUUAAUGGCUAUCCAGGAGGUCUCCUACCCAGAGUUGGUGUUUGCUCAGAUUGCAUAUGGUGCAUCUAUACUAUCUUUCCUAGGAGGGAUCAGAUGGGGAUUUGCUUUGCCAGAAGGCAGUCCUGCCAGUCCUGAUUGGAUUAAUCUGGCUAGCAGUGUUGUUCCUUCAGUACUUGCCUGGUUUACUUUGCUUUUCAAAGAUGACCUCACACAAGCUGGAGUCAUGCUUAUAAUAGGGUUAGGGAUAGCCUUGCAUUAUGAUCUUAGUCUUCUUCCCACCUAUCCCAAAUGGUUUAAAGCCAUGAGGGCAGUCCUGACUAUAGUAGCCACAGUUUCUCUGAUUAUCACACUAUGUCUUGCAAACAUGUAUCCAGAAAAACGACUAAGUCGUGAUGCAAGUGAAAUGGAAGUAUUGAAAUAAGCAACCAAAAAUGCAUUGGCCUGUCCAAUGAGGGGACCUCUCUCCUUAGCCAUUUUCAUAAUCUGUUUUACAUGUUUCCCCCUCUGAAGAGUACUGUGAGGGAAUGAGAGAAAGUUGGUUGACUUCUCUGCUUAUGAACUUAUGGCUGAAUUUAUGGACUGAAAGAAGAACAAGCUCCAUGGAAGGGUGGAUAUUGAAGACCUAAGAUGAAUUAGCUAAUUACAAUUUAGUAGAGGUUGAUAAUGUUUCUGCUCUAAUACGCAAAUAUGAGUUAGGGCAUCUUCUUCCACGGGUAGGUGGCUGAGGCACUGCUGUGGAGCACAUCUCUCCCUGUACAAGAAAAUUACUUCUUUGAAAGUUAUACCAGAGAUAAGACUUGUGGAGACUUCUUGAUAAUAUGGAACAUUCUGAUACACACUGAAUAUUGCAAGAACACCACAAAUGUCCAGUUUAGCUAAGAAGCUUCAAUAGCCAUCAAAUUCUUGUGAUUUUAAAUACUUCCGGGAUGCUCAGCUGGAAGGUGUACUAACUGCAUUGCUUUGUCCACAGGCUAUUCAACUGCCAUCCAUCCAUUGCUUUUUAAGCUACAAGUUGUAUGCUUCUGUUUCUCUAUAUAGGCUAAUUCUUAGUGAGUAGAAUAUUUUCCCCUUUCACAAUUUUUUAAAACUGCUGUGGGUGAAUUAUUACUAGCCAUAGACAAUUAUGUUAUUUAAUUAAUAUAAUUCUACAGUUGUUAAACGGCAGUAAAUCUCUUGUUUUAAUGGAACUUGCUUUCUGCUGAAUCCUGAUCAGUGGGCUGCUAACGCGGAAGCCUGCAGUAGCAACCACUAGCUGGUAAUAAGUGUUCGACCUCUGUGCAAAUGUAUUGGGAUGGAUGCUCAGUAAACAGCCAGUCUGGAAGCUCUGCAUAUUUAGUAGUACACAAAUGGGACUUCUAGUUAAGGAUGGUUAGACUGUGAUACAAGUACACACAAGUCUCGCUUUCCAACACAGUGCAUUCCCAGGAAAUUGUUAGGCGAGUGUUUGCAUAUCAGGCUGAUUUUUAUUAUUUCCUGUGGGAACUUUUCUAAUCUGUGAUUUGUCUAAACUCCCUCCCUGGUUUCUGCCCCAAACUGCUAUAGCCAGCCAUCAAAAGUCAAACAAAGGAAAAAAUGAUUAGUCUUAUUUCUCCUGCUCCAAUUUGUCCAAUUUCUCCUUAGAAAUAGGGAAGUAGACAGACAAUGGCUUUUUGGAUAUCUGAAUCAGCUGUUCAUAUAACAAGGUUUGGGUAUAGUUCUUUGGGUUCUGAUAACUGAGAUUUUGGAUAAUUAGUGUUCCAGUAGCGGGACAUGCAUGUAUUUUAUUUAUUUGAAUUAUAUACCACCCUUCAUCAUAAGAUCUCGGGGCAGUUCACAGGAUAAAGUACAAGGUAAAAAUGUAUGUAAAUAUUUAAAACAAAAACAAAAAAUCAAUCCCUCCUUCUCACAAACACAUUUAAAAGCUAUAGAAUAUUAAUCAACCAAGACUGGUUGAAGAGGUACGUGUUGUCUGGUGUCUAAAGAUACAUAAUGAAGGUGCCAGGUGAAGCUCUGUGGGGAGAGCAUUCUACAAAUGGGAAGCUACUGCAGAAAAGGCCUGUUCUUGUGUUGCCACCCUCUGAACCUCAUGUGGCAGCACACUGAGAAAGGCCUCAGAUGAUGAACGUGGAGUCUGGGACAGUACAGUCAAACCUCUACUUACCACCGCCUCUUAUGGUUGUUCCAAGUCGCAACUGCGGCAAACCUGGAAGUAACCGGCGGGUUUGCUGCCAUUUGCACAUGCGCAGAAGCGGGCAAUUGCCGCCUGUGCCUGCACACAACAGCGCCUCUCCCAGCAACCCGUUUCGACCUCUAGAACAGAUUAUGGUCACAAAUAGAGGUUCCACUGUAUAUGGGAAGAAGCAGUCCUUCAUGUAUUUUGUGGGCCUGAGCCGUUUUAAGGCUUUAUAGGUCAAAACCAGCACUUUGAAUUGGGACCAGAAGCUAAUU